AUGGAAAAAACCAAAACGAAGCAAGGAGAGAAUGAACACAUGCCGGUGAAUAACCCUUCCACCCAGAUUUACCAGUUGCAGGCCCUGGCCUCAGAACUGAAAACUGGCUUCACAGAAGCGAUGCAGGAACUGACGCGCAUCCAGCAUGGAGAAUAUGCUUUGGAAGAGAAGGUCAAGAGCUGCCGAUGUUCCAUGGAAGAGAAAGUCACCGAAAUGAAGAAUUCAUUAAACUACUUCAAGGAAGAGCUGAGCAACGCAAUGUCGAUGAUUCAGGCCAUCACUUCUAAACAAGAAGAAAUGCAGCAGAAAAUCGAACAGCUUCAACAGGAAAAACGAAGAGAAUCGCGGAAGGUUAAAGCCAAGAAAUCUCAAAAGGAAGAGCAUGGCGCACAGGCCGGACCUGCAUCUGCGCCUGCGCAAGCGCAAGGGAGCCCCUUCCGCUCCAUCAAUGCCCCCGAGUCGGGUCAUCCCAGUGAAGACUUCACCAACAUUUUGCCUUCUCAGACCUAUGAAAAAGCCCAAGAGUCCAGGUCUGCUCAUGUAGGAGAAGGCAACGUGAAGGGGAUGCUGGGUCCUGGGGUGACCCCAACAAAUCCAGAAGCAGAUGAAAACCUUAAGCCUUCUCUCUCAGCUGAGAUCCAGUCUAAGGGCCAUCACACACCCGGCCUGUGGAGACAGCCCAAGGAGGGCAAAGAGUGGGGCGAGGAGUAUGUCACAAAAGAUCACCCAGAUAAACUCAAGGAGGCUGGCCAGGGCAGACACAGUUCCCUGGAAAAUGUCUUAUGUGAAACCUCUCUAGCUGCAAAAAGGCAGACUGUGGCUCUGGAGCUGCUAGAAUCUGAGCGGAAGUACGUCAUCAACAUCUCUCUGAUCCUGAAGAUAAAGGCAACGUUCCAGGGCUCCGAUGGAAAAAGGAACUCCAAGGAGAGAAGCCUGUUCCCUGGCUCCUUGCGCUACCUUGUCCAGCAGCACUUGGAUUUGCUUCAUGCCCUGCAGGAGAGGGUCCUGAAAUGGCCACGCCAAGGAGUCCUUGGGGAUCUAUUCCUGAAGCUGACAAACGAUGAGAAUAAUUUCUUGGAUUAUUAUGUUGCCUACCUGAGGGAUUUACCCGAGUGCAUCUCCUUGGUUCAUGUUGUGGUUCUGAAGGAGGGCGAUGAGGAGAUCAAAUCUGACAUCUACACCCUGUUCUUUCACAUCGUGCAGCGCAUCCCAGAAUAUCUGAUUCAUCUCCAGAAUGUGCUGAAGUUCACAGAGCAGGAACACCCCGACUAUUACCUGCUCCUCGUGUGUGUCCAGCGCCUCCGCGUCUUUAUCUCUCAUUACACCCUGCUGUUUCAGUGCAAUGAAGAACUGCUCAUUCAGAAGCGGAAAAAGCUCAAAAAGUCGUCUAUGGCAAAGCUGUACAAAGGGCUGGCUUCCCAGUGUGCUAAUGCUGGCCAAGAUGCUUCCCCUGCUGCAGGCCCGGAGGCUGUUCGUGACAGUGGGAUCCACUCAGAAGAGAUGCUCCAGCCCUAUCCUUCAGCUCCCACUUCUGCCCCUGCUGUCACACAUUUGAUGCCUCCGGCGAAGAAAGGCCAACAGCAGCAGAGCCUCAUGGAGAGCAUGCAGCCUGGGAAGCCGGGGGACUGGGAGAUAGAGAGCAGAAAGCACGAGCGGCCCGAGAGCCUGCUGGCCCCAGCGCAGUUCUGCGCGGCCGAGCAGGACGUGAAGGCGCUCGCCGGGCCGUUGCAGUCCAUCCCGGAGAUGGACUUCGAGCCGUCCCCGGCCGAGCCGCUGGGCAAUGUGGAGCGCUCGCUGCGCGGCCCGACCGAGCUCCUGCCCGACGCGCGCGGCUUCGUGCCCGCCGGCUACGAGGAGUUCGAGUACGGAGGCGAGAUCUUCGCGCUGCCGGCGCCCUACGACGAGGAGCCCUUCCAGGCGCCGGCGCUCUUCGACAACUGCUCGCCCGCCUCCUCCGAGUCCAGCCUGGACAUCUGCUUCCUGAGGCCCGUCAGCUUCGCCAUGGAGGCCGAGCGACCCGAGCACGCGCUGCAGCCGCUGCCCAAGAGCGCCACGUCGCCGGCGAGCAGCAGCAGCGCCUACAAGCUGGAGGCCGCGCAGGCGCAGGCGCACGGCAAGGCCAAGCCGCUGAGCCGCUCGCUCAAGGAGUUCCCGCGCACGCCGCCCGCCGAGGGCGUGGCCCCGCGCCUCUACAGCACGCGCAGCAGCAGCGGCGGCCGCGCGCCGCUCAAGGUCGAGCGCGCCGCCGCCCCGCACGGCCCCGCCGCCGCCGCCGCCUCCCGCGGGGCGCCGCGGACCUUCUUCCCCCAACAGAGGUCCCAAAGCGAAAAACAGACCUAUUUGGAAGUAAGGAGGGAGAUGCACUUAGAGGAUGCCACCCGAUUCUGUCCCAAGGAAGAGAGAGAGAGUGAGCAGACUUCUUUCAGCGAUCAAAAUCCCAGGCAAGACCAGAAAGGGGGCUUUCGCAGCUCCUUCCGCAAGCUCUUUAAAAAGAAGUCCAGUGGAUCAGAAUACAGGGAAAAAACUAAUGAGAGCCCCUCACUGGAUCCUUCACCCACCAAACAAGACUUCUUCAGAAACCGACUUGCUCUUGCAAAUGACCUUGACCAAGGAACAGCUGUGUAA